AUGGGCAUUAUAGCGACAUUAGUUUUUACUGUUAGUUAUCGCGUGUUAUUGAAACCAGAAAUGAGCAGACGGCGCCGCCAGGAGGCUGAAACCGCGGCAGAUUAUUUAUUCCAACAAGAUUUGAAACGUAGUAUAAAAAAUAUACGUGCUCAAAAUAUUCGUGUGUUGGCUAAAUGGAAAAAACCGGAUUGGUUCCAGACCAAAGAAAAAUCAACUAAAAAAGGCAGCUAUUUGGUGGAAUACCUAUGCGAACACUUGGAAAUUAACGAAAAGGAUUAUUUCGGCUUAUGUUAUGUUGACGCUUCAAAGCAGAGGCAUUGGUUAGAUUUGGGCAAAUCCAUAAUAAAACAAUACAAAGACGUAGAUCCAUCUCUGUUCUCUUUUAGAGUGAAGUUUUAUCCCGCGGAUCCAUUCAGACUAACGGGAAGCGGACGUUUAAUGCUUUAUCAGCAGUUAAAGACCGAUUUAUGUCAUGGACGUUUAUAUUGUUCAAUUGGUGUAGCUGCCGCUUUGGCAGCUUUGGGUUUUUUAUUAAAAACAUAGACGCGCAAUUUUCUUUUGCACCAAAAUUGUUCUCUUCGCAAGGAAUGUUUUAAAAGAGACGAAAAUUCUUAAAUAGUUUGAUAAGAAAGAAUCUAUUGACCAUACUUUGAGCGAACAGGGUAGAAAACUUAAAUUUCUCUUAUGUUAAAUCUUUAAUGAAUAUGGUCGUAUAAGUUUUGUCAGAGUCUUUCUGUCCUUUACGCUAAAUGUGGGAAUCGUUUCAAUUAACUAUGCAGAGCAAAAUUUGAUAUUUCUAGUUCUCCGCACGAGAGUAAUCUUUUCACCGUUCAUUAAUUAAUUGGUUUAUCGUGUCUCGUUCGUUUGUGGUGUUUUUCAAAAUACGAGUACAAGCUUGUAAAAGUGGAAAUCUCAAGUUUUCCAGUAA